AGUUAAUUUUAGAUAACAUUUAUAAUUUGUGUUUUGAAGUAUGAAUAAUAUUUGCACUACAUGAAAGAGUAUAAAAUCUGAAACUAUUUAUAAAAUUGAUAUGUGUAUGGAAUAAUUCUGUAUUUUAAGUAAAACGCCUUUUUCUAAUAAAAUAAAACUUUCUUGCGGUUACAAACAUGUCUCACAACAUAAAAAUUUUGCCUGGUGCAACAGUUUGCGAAGAUUGUACUCUAGAAGGUGACAUCACUAUUGGAGGUGGCACUGUUAUACAUCCUAGAGUGACAAUUAAGGCUGAAGGAGGCCCCAUUAUCAUAGCAGAGUACUGCAUCAUUGAAGAAUACUCAACCAUCAUACACAAAAAAAGUGACAAACAAGAAGUGCCACCAAAACCACUUUUCAUUGGUGCUCAUAAUGUUUUUGAAGUUGGCUGCAAGCUGGAAUCAAUUUUUGGUCACAUUGGGGAGAGUAAUGUCUUUGAGUGCAGAUCUUUUGUUGGUGUAGAUGUCAAAAUUGGAAGUGGAUGUGUUGUUGGUGCAUCAUGUCAACUCAUAGCACCUCAAACAUUAGUUGACAAUACUGUUAUCUGGGGUUCAGAGCACCACAUCCGAGAAGCAUUAGAGAAACAACCAUCACAGCUUUUACAGCUUGACUUCCUCAGUAAAGUAAUGCCCAACUAUCAUAGACUAAGAAAGCCAAAUGUUCACAAAAGGCAAUCUUCGAGACAGUCACAGGAACCUGUUAAAUGAUUUGCUUUUUAAGUGAAAAAUAUUUAACUUCAUUUAUAACUUAGAUCUAAGCUAAUUCAAGAAAUGUUUCGUUAACCACGAUAUAACAUGUUUCAUUUACAGAAGCUUUUAUAAUUACUCUAAGUAUGUUAUAGAAGCCUUCACUCCAUAUACUUAAGUUAUUAUAUCAAAUAAAAUAUGAUAAGAAUGAAAU